GGAAGACUUUUCCCCUGCAUCUGUCCCCACCCUCUGGGACCCUGGCCCCCCUCCCUUACCGGUCACAUCCUUUUCUCUAUCCAGUGAUACUCUGAACAUUGUGGCAUCAGAUCACCGGCCUUUCACUACGAAGCAGAAAGCUAUGGGCAAGGAGGACUUCACCAAGAUCCCGCAUGGAGUGAGUGGUGUGCAGGACCGCAUGAGCGUCAUCUGGGAGAGAGGAGUGGUUGGAGGAAAGAUGGAUGAGAACCGUUUUGUGGCCGUUACCAGCUCCAAUGCAGCAAAGAUUCUCAACCUGUAUCCCCGCAAGGGCCGCAUCAUCCCUGGAGCCGAUGCCGACGUGGUGGUGUGGGAUCCAGAAGCCACGAAGACCAUUUCAUCCAGCACCCAAGUGCAGGGAGGAGACUUCAACCUCUACGAGAACAUGCGCUGCCAUGGCGUCCCGCUGGUCACCAUCAGCCGGGGGCGAGUCGUGUACGAGAAUGGUGUCUUCAUGUGUGCUGAGGGCACUGGCAAGUUCUAUCCCCUGAGGUCCUUCCCGGACACUGUCUACAAGAAGCUAGUCCAGAGAGAAAAGACCCUAAAGGUUAGGGGAGUGGACCGUACGCCCUACCUGGGGGAUGUAGCCAUCGUUGUGCAUCCUGGGAAAAAGGAGAUGGGCACGCCACUCGCAGACACCCCCACCCGGCCCGUUACCCGACACGGGGGCAUGAGGGACCUUCAUGAGUCCAGCUUCAGCCUCUCUGGUUCUCAAAUCGACGACCACGUUCCAAAGCGAGCUUCGGCUCGGAUCCUCGCUCCCCCCGGAGGCAGGUCAAGCGGCAUUUGGUAAAGGCACUGACCAGCCCCCCAAGUGAGGACGCACCACUGCCACCAGCCCGCACACCCUCCGGCCACGGCUGCAGGGGGCGGGAGAGGCUGGGCCGGGCGGCACACCACCUGAGGGGGCCACGGGACCCGGGGAGCCCUCCCCAUGUCUGACCCGUGAUUCACUGUGCUUCGAGCCAACUCUAACAGGCACUUUGAGAUGUGUUCCUCCCGCUGCAGUCCUUUCCUGCCUUGGCCCCGGCAGGCUUUUUCGGGGGCCCAGGAAAGCCACACUAUGCACCGAGCCCACUGCAUAGAGCCCAGCCCAGCCCCUCCUCUCACCCCCCCGCCACGUGCUGGCCUUUAGUGCCCUGCCCCCUGGCCGACCCACCAGCUGUCCGGAGCACUUUAGCAGGUGGGUGUUGGAGGAAAAGGACCCCCUCCCCCGCAGGAGGCCCUGUGGUCACUUUUCCCAAGUCAGACAGCUGUUGGCUCCCCAGCCAUGCCCAGGGUGUCCCGUUCCUCCUGACUCAACGCUGGCCCCUGUGUGUGUGUGGUGGGGACACUCUGCACCCUUUGCCAGCUUCUUCCUCCUCCCACCCCAGCCUCUGGGAGUCACAGGCCCCGAGGGGCUCGCUGGGCGGGGCACGGGGCUGGUGCCAGGCGCGUGUACAUGAUUUUGUUUUGCACGUUUGGUUUGCGCAGUGGUUUGGUUUGACUUGUUUGUGCAUCCUGUGAAGAAUAACGGUGCUUCGUGUCACUAGCAUAGCAUAGAAACAGGAGUAGAUGUGGACCUUAAGAGACGCUGCACUCGACGCCGACCAGACAGCCUAGGGCACAGACGAGGAGCGGGGCGAGGUGCCGGGCUCACAGGCCCUUCUGCCCACCCGGAGUCUUCCAGGCUGCCGCGGCCCUGUCCCAGGCCCUCCUCCCCUCCCCCACCAAUCCUGGGGUAGUUGUCUACAUUCUGGGUGGGGGGCCCAGUACGCCAGCCCUGGGGACCUCCGGGGAGCAGAGUCGCCCCUCCCAGCACUAACACCCCCAAACACCCGGCUCCCUGUAAACUCCCCCCACUGGACAGAGGCCCAGCCGCUCCUCCCGUGUGAUUGGCAAGAGGCCUCACGCCUGCUGAGAGAGGGGGAGCAGGACUCGGGAGUGAGCGGGCUAGAGGCCGGGGAAGGAGGCCAGGCCAGCGGCACCAGGCCGGAGAACCCACCUUGCCGCACAGGUGCUGUGGCCUCCUGGGCUCAACACCUCCCCUUUCCCUGCUGGUGGCCUCCGUCUCCUCCCACGUCCAGUUGGGCUCUCCCUGCCUCGGAUGCCCCGGGAGGUUUCCAAGGAAACGUUAGAGGCUGGGUGAUCAUCCGCCCCGAGUGAGCUGGGAGCAUCCCAGCCACCUGCCCUUCUUAAGCCUUGCCCUCCGGGCAGGGAAGUGAUUUCAUGUUGCACAUUCGCUUUGCGCACCCCGCGCUUGCCCUGGGGCUCUUGGGCUGGUGGUCCUACCCUGCACAUUUCUUCAGUGCUUUACAUGCUUUCAAAGCACUUCCAUAUACGAGCUCUCGAUUGCUCCACCCGACUGCAGAGCAUGUGUUAUUCUCCCCAUUCCACAGAUGAAGCCCAGAAAGUUUAAGCCUUCUGACCCCACGAGUGUCCAUGACGACCCUUAAGAGCUUGGCUCGUCUACCCUGGCUGUGGAAAGGAAGAGUGGGGGGACGUCUCUUGUAGAUCCCACCUGAGAAUUGAACCAUCCAGAAGACUCACUCCCGUGGUAGGCAUUCUGCUUUGUUUUGCACAGGUAGAUAGAUCUUUCUCAUAAACCAGCUAACGCCUAUUCACUCUCUGAGCCAGCACUAGUUAAAUGUUGGGGGGCUUGCCCUGUGACUUGAGUUGCCUCCACAUCCUCCCUUCUUGCUCAUCUUCCUCACUUAGGAGCUGAAAGGACAGAGACGGUACCCCAGGGAGCAGAGGCAACAAAGGCACUCAUGGGGGGUGGCAGCCACGGGGAUAGUAGGUAGAGAUCUGGGCCGAGGAAACCAUGACACGGACCCCUCGGUACAACGCACAUCAUCCUGUUUAUCCCAGCCCGUUGCUGGGUCGUGGGCCUUGGGCAGAUGCCAAAGAGCCGAGCAGUGGUGGCAGCCGGAGGGCACAGCAUCCCUGCUUGGGCUAAGAAAGCUUUACCUUCUCUGAGUGCCUCCGCCCGAGAGAUGCAUGGUCCAUGGGAUGGCUCUGGGAGACCACAUCUUGGAGCGGUCCACAGUAGGCCUUCCACUUCAUCUUACCCCCCCUCCACACACACAUACCCCCCGAUCCUGUCACAGACCCCACCCUUGCCCAGGAGCUUCUAGAUGAAAAUCAGAAGGAGGGUCAAGGGACCAAAGGAACGCUCAGCCCCACCCCCCCACCCCCCCACUCCUUGCCCCUGUGCAGAGCUCCAGCCAGCUCCAUCAGCAGCCCCACCGCUCCUGGUUGGAAUGACAAGGGUCUCUGGUUGCCCUGAAUGCAGCUCUCAAACUGGUCUUGUACUUGCUGAAUAAAUACUGUUGUUCUUGCCUUAGCUGCUCUCUAGGUUUGUGGGAUUAAGUGACCAGAAAAUUGUGCUACCGUGUGUGCGUGUGUGCGUGUGUGUAGUGCUAGGAGUCCACAGUAGGUCUCUGUCAAGCCAAUGCCGUGAUGAGGGCUUUUCCAAUACUGACCCAGAAACCACAGAAGCACGCGAAAACCCCAACCCCCUCCAGCUGCCCCGGGCGGCAGGCACAGCCUGGGGUCGGGAUGGAGCCUCCAGCACCCAAGUGACUUCUCACUCCUCUGUAAACGUCAUGGUGCUAAGAUUGUGUCAACCCCAAGACGACACAUGGUCCUGUGCUCUGGCCACCUGUUUGAGGCAAAGACAAAACAGCCCGACACAUUGUGUUCUGGUGCAGGUUUGUAUUAAACUGUAGCUACUUCUCA